AUGCUGCUCCAACAAAUGAUGGCCAAAUCGCAGAAUGCGCAAAGAACUCUCUGGAUCGGCGACGUUCCCGCAACCUGGGAUGCCGACAAGCUUGAAUCCGUCUUCGUGGUUUGUUCUUUCUGACAUAUUCUCUUUUUUAAAAACGUCUAUUUUCAGGAAAACGGCUACAGACCAUUCAGAGUCAAGCGUGUGGAGCUGAAAGGAGAGGUAAGAUUAAAAAUAGACUUUGUUCAAUUUUACGCAAUGUUAAUUUUUCAGCCCCAGCCUUAUUGCUUCAUCGAAUUUGCUAGUUUUGAGGACGCGCGUAACGCUUUAUUCGAGCUCAACGGAAAUAAAAUUCCUGGUGAGAGGGCGAGACUUCGGUUCAACCUCUGUUUUGCAAAUGACAGUGCCCAGUUAGUUUUCUCUAAAAAAUUCUUACAAAGAAAACUUAUUUUUAGUGAAUACAGUUUAUCGGUUUCUAACCUUCCUUUCGACUUCACCGAGGCAGAUUUGUACAGAGUAAGUGGAAGUUUGCUUUUUUGUUUUUAAAAGUUUCAUUUAUCUGAUUUAAAUGGAAGAAAAACUUGCCAACUUGAUAUAUUCGGACAAGAAAAAUCGUUUUACUUUUCCACUGAAAGUUUGCUUUAAAUUCGCCAGAACGCUCUUUGAUGUACCAGAGCAAGAUUCUUAAAUCCUCAACCUGCACGGUUUUUUAAUUUUUGAGAAAAAAAGGGUCAAAGCUCAAAAAAUCUCAUUUAAAUGGCUUUGGGGGGCUAUCAUCAACUUUGAGGCUACUUUUCUGAAAAACUGAGGAGUUGUGCCGGUUGGAGCUAUUUUGAUCUGGUUCAUCGAGGAGUUUUUUGAGUAAUUUUUAGAAAGUCCCAAAGCAAAAUUACUUUCCUUGUUUGCGAUGCUUCAGAAUACUCUAAAUUGUUUUAAAGAACUCCACCCUGAGUUUUUUCAUAAAAAUUAUAUAGUUUCAAGUUUCAUACUAUGUCGUUGAACUUAACAUUUACACACAUUGUAGAUCCACCUUCUGGCCUUAUUCAAUAAAAAGCGCACAAAAACAUAAACUUUUUCCCACAAUAACGGAGGUGUUCUUUAGGUGUUUGACAAGUAUCACUCUUGUCGAGGUGCUAAAAUCUUCCGUCACUCGAACGGCGAUUCCAAAGGCAGCGGCUACAUAAGAUUCGGUGAUGAGACCGAUCAGCAACAGGCGUUGGUGAGCUUUUUGAUUUUGAACACAAGGUGAAAUAAAAGUUUUUUCACUAUUAGAGAAUAACAAUAUUUCACGAAAAAAAAGACGAUACUAAACAUAAUAACAGAGUUUUCAGGUGGAGAUGAACCGAGUCAAGGUCCGCUCAAAAAUCAUGACGCUUCGUUUGAGUCAACACCGAGAAAGGGCUGCUCGAAAUGAAUUGGUGGGCUUUGAAGCUGAAAAAUCGGUUUCUUUGGAUUUUUGUCAAUACAUUUCUCUUCUCAAUACGAAGGAAGAUGCGUGUUUUGGAUAUUUUAUACCAGAAUAUUCGAAAUUUCUGUUUUUCUGUUUUUUCAGACACCGCACAAAGCUAAAAUUUUAAGACACUCUGGUUUACUGAAGCCUGAAGUCAAAUUAUUCUCAAAAGAGAUAUUUAAAAUAAAUGCAAAAAUUAUUUUUUAAAUGCAAAAAUUAUACAUCAUUUUUGUUCAGAUGUCACAAAUGAGCCAGAUAGACCCAAACUACGCAAUGACAAUGAUGCCGCCUCCUCCGGUUUAUCAGCAACCGGUGGCUUCCGGAUACGCCGGUUACAGCAGUUAUGAUGAUCGGAGUCGAUACACGUCGGUCCCUUCACUUGGUUCGGUAAGGAAUUUUUUUUUGGAAGAACGUAUCAAAUAGUUUCUUGGUUAUCAGAGACUUUCUAAAAUGGCUUUGCGUUAUCCCUUGAAUAACUUGACAGUUAUCAGCAAUUUUUCGAAUUUUUUUAUUGUACUGAAAAUAAAAAUGAAAGUAGCAUUUUUUUUUAGCUUGGGAGCCAAAUUUGCAAAGUAGUGAAAAAAGGAAGGUUCUAUCAGAACAUCGAUAGAAAAAAAUUUAAACAAGCAUUGAAAAAAAAUUAUGUACUCGAUUCACCGCGAACCUGAUACAAAGUACUGGAAGGGCCUCUUUUUCGCUAGUUUUGCGAUAUUCUAAGUAGCUAAACGCUUUGCUCAAACCGGGUAAAUACAAUAUAAUCCUGAGAGGAAAAUUUUUUCGAAAGAGGCUAAAUAAAUUACUUUGAUCAAAUUUGAAUAAACCUUGAUAAAACCAAAAAAACCUCCGCAAAAUAUUUUUCUUCUUAUUUCUGUUCCACUUCUUUGUACGAAGACCUUUUGACGUUUAUAAGUAUUGAAAUCAGCGGUGAAUAAAUUAUAUAGCCUUGAAAAAUCUUGAACAUAUUGAGAAUUUUUAAAACGAGUUCAAUGCAAACGCAAUAAUCCAACGUUAUAAAUAUUGAUCAGCUCUCGUCAAAUCCAAUUUUUCCCAGUUUCGAAAUGUUUAUAUCGUAUCGUCAUUUAACAGGAAAGCGCCAGAAAGUCGAGCUCGAAGUAUGGUGACCACUUCUCGAUUCCAGCCCCACCUCCUCCCGUGGACCCAACGGCGAAAAUUCCUGGGGACGAGAAUAUCGACGACGUGAUCCGACUUUCACUUUGCCGUGAGUUCCAAUUUUUUAAAACUUACUCAUCAAUUUUCAAAUUUGCUCGCAAGAACAUUUAUUUUUCCAGUUGAAAGCAAAAACGUCGCUCUGGCAAAUAAAGCCCUUCUCAUGUACAACGAAGACAUUUUCGACGAUUUGGAGAGCAGCAGGUUUUUUGAAUCGAAGUAUUUUUUCAUGACCAAACUGUUUACAGAUGGUCUUCUGUAGUGGCGGUCCCUCGGAUGACGAAGGACAUGUUUGAGAAGAAGCUGGAAGAAGCCAAGUGGACUUUUUGA